CCUCGCUUUCUUCCUCGCUUCCUUCUUUCCUUGCUUCCUCGCUUCCUUCCUUCCUCACUUCCCUCCUUCCUUGCUUCCAUCCUUCCUCGCUUCCUUCUUUCCUCAUUCCCUGCUUCCUCGCUUCUUUCGUUUUUUCCUCGCGUCCUUCCUUUCUCGCUCCAUUCCUCUCUUGCUUCCUCGCUUCCAUCUUUCCUCCUUCCUUGCUUUCUCGCUUCCUUUUUUCCUUGUUCAUCGCUUCCUUCCUUCCUCACUUCCCUCCUUCCUUCCUUGCUUCUUUCCUUCCUCACUUCCUCCUUUCCUCCUUCCUUGUUUCCUCGUUUCCUUCAUUCUUUCCUCGUGUCCUUCAUUUCUCGCUUCAUUUCUUCCUUGCUUUCUUCCCUCCUUGCUUCCUUGCAUUCUCGCCUUCUUCCUUCCUUACUUACUUACUUCCUUGCUUUUUUCCCUUUCCUUGCGUCUUUGCUUGCUUCCUUCCUUCCUUGCUUCCUCGUUUCCUUCCUUCUUUGUUUCGUGGCUUCUUUUCUUCCUCACUUCCUUACUUCCUAGCUUCCCUGCUCAAUUCUUUACUCGCAUCGUUCCUUCCUUGCUCCCUCGGUUCCUUCCUUCCUUUUUCCUCAGUUGCUUCCUUGCUUGCUUCCUCGCUUUCUUCUCUCCUCGCUUUCUCGUUUCCUUGCUUCCUUCCUUCCUUCAUUGCUUCUUUCCUCCCCUCCUUCCUUCCUUUUUUCCUUCCUUGCUUACUUAUAUUACUCCCACCUUCACUUCUUCGAUUUACUUCCUCCAUUCCUUCUUUACUUGCUUGCUAACUCAAUUACUUACUUCGUUGCUUGUUUACUUCCUCACGUCCUUGCUUGCUUUCUUGAUUACUUACAUUCUUUCAUAUGGCAGUGGAAAGACAAAUUUUGAUGAAAACCAGCAAACGAACAAACGAACGAGGAAAGAACGCACGGAUGGACAGAAGAACAGCCGAAAAAACAAUGAAUGAACAAACGGACGGAUAGGCGGCCAAAAGAACGCAUGAAGGAAAGAUAGAAGAAAACAGUUUACAAAAGAUCGAACCCACGCACGCAAGAACGUAGUUACAAACGAACGCACGAAUGAACGCACGCACGAACGAACACACAAACGAACGCAAAAAGAACGAACAGACGAACGCACGCAUGAAUGGACGGUUGAACGAAAGCACGCACGGACGAACGGACGGCUAGACGGACGAACCCACGAACGAAAGGGCAGUCAGACGAAAGCAAGCACAAACGGACGGUCAGACGAACGCAUGCGCACACAAACGGACGGACAAUCGCACGAACGGAUGCACGCACGAACGAACGAAUGGUCGGAUGAACGCACGCAUGAACGAACAGACCGUCGGACGAACCCACGCACGAACGAACGGUCGGUCGAAUGCACGCACGAAUGAACGGUCGGACAAAGAAACCAAUGAAAUAUAUGUGUCCUCAGAAGUAUAAUCCUUGGAAUAGUUAAUUAUCUAGAAUGUACAUUUAACUCCGAAAUGCACAAAGUCUAUUUACAUAUAAAAAUUU